CAAGAACGAUAUCAGUCACUCACUGACAAUUUCACACCUUACAAUGUGGUGUAUUCGGGUAUUGCUCGCGAUUGUUCUGAUUCUGAAUUCUUCAGCUGAAGAAUCGAAAAAAAGUGAUCGGAGUGAGUUCAAAAAGGCCCUAGUAAAAGACUGUGAACAUUCCUAUUCGACAAUGUGCUUGAAAUUGGAUAUCGUUUCUUGGGUGGAUAAGUUGAACGAAGACGAAUAUUUCAGUGUUUUACCUGGUGUUACAAUUGUGCGUGAAAAUGUUACCGCCAAAGCUAAUAAUGCCGAAAUAGUUGCUGAUCUAGCUCGAGAUUUUCCCAACGAUCAGGAUGCCAGACUGGAUGCUUUUUUGUUGAAGAAAGUAUACGGGUACCUGAAUAAUCAUUCCAUAAGGCUCAGUCUCUUCAACCAAGAUAGUGCUGCUACCGGACGCAAAGGCGGUGGUGGUUUUGGAGGCGGUGGUAAAAAAGGGGAUGGAGGAAUGGGCAUGAUUCUAGCUAUGGGUGCCAUGAUGAAGGGAACUCUGAUGGCUCUAGCUCUUGGAGCUCUGGCUGCUCUUGCUGGAAAAGCUUUAAUGACCGGUUUGAUUUCCCUUCUACUUUCUGCCAUGGUUGGACUAAAGUCACUCUCCGGUGGAGGUGGAAAAACUACAUACGAAGUAGUUUCUAAGCCUGUGUACACACAUUCCAGUUCACAUUCUUCCGCCCAUGAGGAUUAUGGUCACCAUGGGCAUUCAGGAUAUGGAAGAAGUUUCGAUGACGUACCAUUGCCGAUGGGACUACAGCCAGAGUACAAACCCGCAUGAGAAGUUAUUUCGCUUUUUUUUAUUUAUUUUUCCAUACUCAAUAAAUUAUUUAUUUGUUU